GUACUUGCCUAUUGAAUGAGCAUUUUUCAAAGGCAAUGAAUGUUUGGCUUGAGUUAUGUUUCGAAGGCACAGGCCUAGUGAUACUAGCGCAGUUAAGUCUAGGAAAAAGUUUCUAAGCGAAAAAGAAAGUACUCAUAAAAUAAAGCACUUGAAGAUUCUGAUAGAUACCCUACCAGAUGAUGAACUUCAACCAUUUUUCGUUGAGAAUUCGUCCCUAAUAUUCCUAGUGUUUAGUGAUUGUUUCUUCAGUUUAGAGUGGGAUGUCAAAUUAAAGGGAAGCAGUAAUUGCAUUAAAGAUUUGGAGGUAGUGCUUACAGUAUUUGAGAAAGUACUGUUAUUGUUGCCGGAACAUAUCCACCAAAGAUGGCAGCAUAACUGUAUCAUUGAAGUAAUUGAAGAUCUCCUGUACGAAAAGAAUGCGCUCAAUAUCCGUAAAAGGGGAAUCAGGCUAUUUUUAAUAUGGUAUCAAAUACUUGGCUUAAAUGCGACAUCUGUCUGCCACAGACUUUUCUACAAUCUGGUCCCUGAAUUUGGCUCACUUAUUGCAGAAUAUCAAAAGCGUGAAAAAUGUGAUCAGCUCAAGCACAAUCAUCUUCAGGCUAGAAAAUUCUCGACAGAUACACGUGGGCAAGUGAUGCAAGAGUCAAGAUCCUCGAAUGUUGUUGCCCCGCGCGAACGCGUCGCACUCCUAACUGCCGCUGCUCUAGGAGAGGAUGAAUCGUCUGACGAUAAAUCCCUAGUCCUGCUUCGGGCACUUCUGCGUUUCCUUGUCUCAGAAUCCUUCAAGGUUGAGUGGUCGCAACUUCGGUAUGAGCAGCAUUUAAUGCAGCUAUGGUUUCUGUUCGAAAAGUUAAAACAUUCGUACCUCCCCGUUAUUUUUCCAUGUUUAUCUCCUUUAUACUCAAUAUAUUCGCCCUCGAUCUCAUCCCAAGCGAACAACACUGUCCCAUUAACUUCAAAUAUUUUACAGGAUUACCCAAUCCAUCCAUCACGUCUUUCCUACUAUCAGUUAGAAUUCGCCUGCUGGUUGGCAACUUUUGUAUAUACUGGUCCACGGGAAUCAAGUCAUGCUAUCUCUUCAGACGGUGGCUUCGAUUCAAAUUUUACUACCCAUGGUUCUGUAUUUGGUACUACUGGCCCAUCUUUUAACCUGGCUGGCAGUUUCCCAUGGGAUACACAUGGUGAUCCAAACGACUUUCUUCUUUCUCGACAUUUCCGCUCAUUCAUAGGUUGUCCUGGUCAUGGUGAAUUCGAAUCUGGAUCAUAUUCAAAGGUUAACAGUUACUCCAAACUUUCGAGUUCCCCACCCGUUCAAGCAUCAGUUUAUCUACGAAAUGGCGACGAGAACUUUGUCCAGGAACCAACUAACCAGGCUGCGCCAAACCUCUCUCCUAAACCAAACAGUUAUCUACUCAAAGAUACUGUUGUAAUUCCUUCCACUGUUCAAACAUCUCCACUUCCACAAAAAUUUAUUUUCACUGAACUAUUUUUCAAUUACGAUGAAAAAGUCGUUUCUAUGGUUCAUGAAGUGUUAUAUGGAUGUAGACAAAAUAUUGAUUUGGUACAGGAUAUUUUACAUCAGGCAUUGCUACUUCCAUUGGAAUGUCACAAAGCUCUUUUCUUUAUCGUUACAGUUUAUGGUUCGUGGUUGGAAAACAAACACAAUCGCCCAAUUUUUAUGCAAGCUUUAGAUAGUCCAAUGAAAUGUAUUAAUCCGCCAGUGAAACCACAAGUAAACGCAUCUUCAACAGAACACAGUCAAAUGUUUAAAACGAAUGGCCGUAUGAAUGAUCCUAAACAAAUUCAACAGUCGCAAAUUGAAGAUUGUCCUAUUGAUGUGACUAUAUCUACGGAUGAUGUUGGCGUCAAUGAUCCAGAAGAAUUAAAAGGUUGUUUACAGAAUACAAUUCAGAUUAUGCUGGAAAAUAUGGCCAAUAUAUUUUAUGCCAGUAGUUUAAAUCCUAACUUAUCGGAAUCACAAAAUACAAACAGAAUCAGUACAACUGGAACAGAUUAUACAAAAUAUCAAAUUGAUUUAUGCCGUUUAGUGUUACAGAUUUUUCAAUUUGCUAGUAACAGUAAUGAGUUAACUUCAGAGACCUGGUCUAAAUUAUUGUCCAUCCUAAUGGAUAUCAUGCGCAAAACAAUGAUUAAUACUUCGCCAAAUAAUGUUCAGAAUUACAAAUGGUUAUCAAACAAUAAACUUACACAGAAUCUUUUUCAGACUUUAAAUGGUGCUUUAUUGCGUGCAUCUCUAUUUUCUACAAUAUCUUCAGAGUCAUGGGACCAGUGUUUAAAUGUUUACUCUCAGUUAAGUCACUGGCCAUCACUGAUAAUCGAAUGGAAAAAAGUUAUGCGAAUGUUAACAUGUACAAUGUCUAAAUUGGUAUAUGGUGUAGAUUUGUCAGAUUUACCUCAAGAAAAGAAAGGACCUCGAAUUAAGCGUUUAGCAGGUUCUACUAAUCCAGCUACUAGAACUCGACCGAAAUCAUUGACUGAAGCAGCGUUGAAUUAUCAUAAUGACAAUACUAUUAUUACUACUACUACUAAUAUUACUGCUACUACUACUACUGCUACUACUGCUUAUAAUAGCAGUAGUUUAGCAACCGUUUUAUCAUCACCUCCUGCGCCUUAUGCUAGUGCAUUAUCGGUUUUAAGUAUUCAUCAAAAUUCACUCGACGAUGAUAAUUUGGCGUUAAAUACUGACUCCAUUGAACUACAUAUAUCAUCACAGGAGAAUUCACAAAAACAGUUUGCUACGUAUAAUGAACUGAAAGCAUCAAGAAAUGAUAAUAAUACCAGGCCAUGCAUUGAAAAGUGGACUUUUGACCCUGGAUCCUCUGAAAACUAUGCAUUGGAUAAUAAUAGUAAUGGUAAUGUAGUGCAUAGCUAUAUCUCUUCUAAUGUAUCUUCAAUUAAUGGCACUCAUGAUGAGUCGAAUUCACAGGUGUUAAGUAAUGAUUUAACAGAGGUAUAUGGUAAUCAUGCUCUGCAUAGUUCACGGUCUAUUUCUCAUGAAUUAUCAAAUCAAAAUGAAUCAAAGCGAUUUAAUGUGACCGUUAAAAGUGAAAUAUCGAUAUCAGAAAGUAGACGUAUGUCAUCUGUAAGACGUGCAACAAGUGAAAUCACGCUGGAAGUUGUUAAGUUUGAUCUCGAUUCACCUCAGAGUCCAGUGACAACUUAUUUCGAUGAAAGUAUUGAUGUAGGUACUUCAAAUAUUCCUAGAUCAUGUGAUAUACUAAGUGAUGAACAUUCCACGUUAGAACCAAAUCGCAAAGAUACAUUGACUACUGUACCUUCACGAGUAGCUUCCACUACUAAUGAGACUUCAAAAUUACCUUCAACUGCAUCAAACGAUCAACUCGACGCAGCAGAUCUACCUCGCUGUAUUCUUGCUGGUGGCUCAGCUCUUGGAUGGACUCAUGAAUCAGUUGUUAUUUGUUGGCGUCGAUUUUUAGGUAUCCUAGGCAGUCUUCAUAAAAUUAUUAACCCAACAACAAUGAAUGAUAUAUUCAACUAUUUAAAUGAAAUGACUUCAUGUCUUUUAAAAAUUAGAGCAUAUCAAAGUGUUCCUUCUGUAACCGAGACGUGUGUACAACCAAUUCCACAAUUUGUACCACCUGUGAAUUUUAUUGCACCAAUAUUAUUUAAUACAAUGAGUCUUUCUGAAGAAUUUAUAGAAGCUAAAAGAAUUGCUAUACGUACACUAUGUGAUAUAGUUAUACGUUCUCAUGAUGGAUGUCCUGACCCAGAAUUAAUUGCUCAUUUUUACCAUCUUAUUCAUCAAAUAAGCGUCGCAAAACAAGAGAACUAUGUCUUCGAAGUUAUCCGGUCAUGUAAUAUGCGUUUAUUUGGGUCUUCACUUCCAUCUACACACUUACUCAUACUAGAUUUCUUAAGCGAUGUCAAUAUUGUUUUAUCAAAUCCUAACUGUGGCACGGAAAUUCCACGUUCUGAAGCGAUAUCCAUUAUAUUAUCCCUACUAUGUUAUCCUUAUCAUUUUAAUCAUCUUGAAUCAAUCGAUCCGAUGUCAAUGAAAGCUAAAACUAUUUUGUGUAUAGAUUUAACAUCAAAAUUGGUUCGCAGUUUAAUACAAGCUGUCUUGUCAGAUCCGUCUGGAGAGGUUCGAUGCCUGGCUAUUACUGGUCUAUCAAUUUAUUGUGUCAUUGAACUGGUGAAUUCAUUUUCAAAGGAAUCAGGAACUGUAUCAUCUGUCAGUUUUACAUCAAUGGACAAUUUGUUUUUCGAAUCUAUCAUAAUUUUAUUGGGAAUGAUGCGGUUUCAAAAUAGGGCUGUAUCUAUCGUUGCAGUUGAGAUGAUCAAUACGCUCGCUGAAUAUUGUCAUCUUCUGCUAUAUCGUGAUGCGAAAUUACCCUCCCUAGUGUUGUUGUCACUUGCAUGGACUUUAUAUUCUACAUGGGACAAUACAAAUCUUGACAGUAUGUCAUUAACUGAUAAACAGUUCUUUCAUUGUCUUAUUCAAUCAGUUAUCGAAUGGUCUAUCCGUAUACCGUAUGAUCAAUUAAUAAAGAAUUUUGAAAAUAAAUCAGAAUUAAAAUUAUUACCGGCAUCGAAUUUAUUAGAUACAAUAAUUGAAGUGUUAUGCUUCAUUAUAUCGAAUAAUACAAAUUCACAAACUUUAAUGAAUUCAGUACAAAAUUCCAAUUAUCCUCAAUCUAAAUACUUAUCAAGUACUAACUUUACAGAUCCUUUAGGAGAAUACAUUAAUAUAUAUAAACAGUCAAUUGAUAUUAAUUUAUUCAAUGCUCCAAAAUCUGACCUAGAUCUAUCCACAAUGACAGCAAAGUCUUGGAUUGUAGCUAACGCAGAGAAUAGUAUGAUUCUAUAUCAUUAUAAUGAUGAUAUGAAUAGUGCAAUGGAGUCAGUACGACUAGCAGCACGAAUGGCAAUGAGUCAUUUACUCAAUCAUAUAGACCAGUUUCCAAUGUCGAAACAAUGUGUACAACUGAAUACAUCCAUACAAGAACGUCAUGAUCAGUUAUCCCAUAGUAUAUCAUCUGCUCAAAAACAAUUCACUACUAACAAUCAUAAUAAUAUGGAUGAUUUAUCCGAAUUAACAGCGGAGAUUUUUGAACGAAAUAAUUUACAAAUAUUUGUGUUAGAUCGUUCAAUUAUAUUGACAUUCCUAUCAUUACCCAUUGUGAAACUGCCUGACCAAUCGAGAAAUAUCAAUGAUAAUUUAUUACCUACUACAGUUAGUAGUGAUAAGGACAAUACUGAACUACAAGUACUCGAAUUCAACAAUUCCACCUAUUCUUAUCUACCAUUAUCAUGUUUAAAUUCUAACGAUGUCGAAGUGGAUUCAUCAAAGUCUAGUUUGGUAACAGAUAAAUUCUAUACAAGAAUUAUUACACGUGAUCUAUCUGGUAAAUAUAGUUGGGAUGUCUCUUAUUUAUAUGCUAGUCUAGUUGAUAUGAAAGAAAAACAGGAAACUCAACAAUUGAAUGAACUUACAAAUACUAAUUUACGACUGGUUGAUUCUGAUAAUUCGAAUUCACACUUGAUUACACGCGAUCCACCACCAUGUCCUCCUCCAAGAGUAAAUCCGCCCCCACUGACAACUAACGGGUUAACACUAAAUACCAUUGAUCAACUCGAUCGGCUAAGUGACGUUCUAAGAGAUUUGGCAAUAACUAGUCCAGAAUGUUCAAUUAACUGGUGCACAUCAAAGCUAUGUGAAUAUGAAAAUUCGAAAAAUAUUUCUGAUAAAGAAAAAACUGCUUGUUUGAAUAUGGAGAAAGUGACAUGUGAUCAGAUUACUGCUCAAUAUCAAAUAGAUGAGAAUGUGAAUCAUCGAAAGUUACCAGAUUUAGAUGUAUUAUCACUAUAUAACUCUCAUAUAUCUUUACCAAAAACUGGUUAUAGAAAUUCUCUGAAGUAUACAAUACGUUCAUUGAUCAAUGAUAAGAAAAUAAAUGUUCAAGAAUUAGAAUCAAUGAAACAAAAUACUUUACAAUUUUAUAAUUCGCGUCAUUUAUUAAAUCAACUAGGUUAUUUAUCUUGGAAGCAUAGACCUACCGUUGAAUUAUUACAAAUAUCUCCAGCUCUUAUACGUGAAUUAAAACAUUUGGAUCAUCUUGGAUCGCGCGAAACUCAUAAACUUGCUAUAUUCUAUGUUGGAGCAGGACAAGAAGAUAAACAGUCUAUUUUAUCAAAUCAAACGGCUAGUUUAGAAUUUGAAAAUUUUGUAGCUGGUCUUGGCUGGGAGGUUGAUUUACUUAAACAUAAAGGAUUUCGUGGUGGGUUGGAAUGUAGUGGACGUGCUGGUUUAUCCACACCAUAUUAUGCAACAUCUACUUUAGAAGUUAUUUUUCAUGUUUCAACAAGAAUGCCUUCAUCUACUCAAGAAGAUUUAAAGUAUAAACAUUUGGGAAACGAUGAAAUUAUGAUUAUAUGGAAUGAGAAUUCACGUGCUUUUAGACGAAGUAUAUUACGUACACAAUUCGGCGAUGUAUUAAUCAUUAUUUCACCUUUACUUAAUGGACUGUUUAAAGUUGAAGUACGACGUGAAGCCCAGGUUGGUUUAUUUGGACCAAUUGUGGAAAAUGCUAUUUUAACUGCAAAUGUUCUACCAGGUCUAGUCCGUGCUACAGCUAUUAAUGCUAGUCGUGCUGUUCAAGCUACUAAACCGGGAUAUCGUCAUCCAUAUGAGGAUCGUGCUUCAAGUCUACGACAAAUAAUAUCCAAGUAUACAUUGUCAACAUGCUUUGAAGAAUACGCUGAAUCGAUACUUUUGCCAAAUUCAAAAAGUGGUAACUUUUUUGUACUUUUAUAGUAAACACUGUAAUUAUCUUUUAUUUCAUUGCCUACGUGUCCUAUGUUUCCAUGGGAAUCCAUAUUUCUGUAUAUGUAUUGUUGAAUUGUGUUUACUUCCAUUGUUUCCUAAACAUGUACGUUUUUAUGUGUAUGAGCCUAUCUCUUUCUAUAUUAAUAGAUAUCCAUAUAAACAUUUCUUCAUAUAUAAGCUAACAAUAUUGUUCUUAGCGAGAUCUUCAUCAGGCUUUAUUCUAGUAUACAAUGAUAUUUACAUGGAUAUAUGAAAAUAUUAAACUAGUCUAGGCAGUUUAUAGAGUUAGUGAUAAUAAUGAUAUAGAUUGCAUUACUGUAUAAUAUAGUACAAAGUGAUGAGGAUCUUAUUAAAUGUGACAUUGCUUGCUUGUAUAUGUUCUAAUUUACAAUAUACCACUGAACCCAGUAUUCCACCAUAUAUAUAAUGGAUGGCAGUAGAGUAUACGAUGCAUGUUUCACAAACUAGUUCAUCUGAUAAAUUUGUAUCUCAAUGCUAAUGCAUUAAAACUUAUAAUGAAAUUCCCUAUCGAGGCAGGUAGGUUAAAUUAAACAUAUGCUAACAAAAAUCAAUUAAAAUUUUAUAUUGAACACCCUUAUGAAAAGAUAAUUUUCCUUUUUAAGUUUGAUAUACUUGUGGACUGUUGUGUAGAACUGCUUGUAAAUUAGUUUGCAUUGAGAUUCCACAGGUCUUAUCCCAACUGUAAACAAUGACAUGAAGGUAUAGUUAAGCUAUUAUACUAAAACUUAUUUCCAAACGAUAAAAUCGGUAUAAGAUGAGUUUAUGAUAGGUGAUUUUCACUGGGUUUAUGUAACGUUCUAUUAAAAUAGAAUGUGGCUAGUGGUGGAAUCUAGGACGCGCGUUUCAUCCUGUUUGGGACUCGUCAGCUGGAUGUAUUAACAUUAAAACAAUAAACAUGGUUGUUUGUAACAUGAAGCAUGAAGUUUUUUAUUAGUAUAUUUUCUAACACAGUCAUAGUGAGGCUUCUCGUCGUCACUUAUUCACGUUUACUCAAAGGGUCGUAUCAAGAAAGCUAUAUUCAUCGUUCUUAACUGUGUCAACUUGCUGAAAUCAAAUCAUAAGUCACUUGAAUAAAUGCGUACAUGUAAACCUGAUUCCGAGAUAAGUCAUAUAAUAUAUGUAAGGAUCUCCAUGAAAAAUGAUAUUGAUUCCACUUGUAUUUAACUAUUAGUUACCGUGGAAGUAGAAAAUUGUAUUUUUUUUUAGACAAAUUGAUCAAAUGAAAUAUAUCAAUGAUUUGUGUGGCGCAUAUAUAUUUGGUGCCUCCUUGUAUCAAUGUUUAUGUGUUUAAAUAAAUAAAAUUCUACAAUGACAAUCAGUAUUUCUUGUUAAUUUCAUCUAAUCAUAAUAUUUAUAUUAAUCCCUUUUGUUUAAUUCAUACAUUUGCUUUUACUGGUAUAAAUUUUAAUGCAACAACAUCCUCUUUUCAUCUGUUUACUCCAUUAGUUGAAACCAUUUAGCUUCAUCCUAUGUAAGAAUUAAAUUCUUUAUGUAUGCAACUCGUACAAGCUAGGUUUUUUUUGCUUUAUUUUAGUGUAUGUUUAGACUUUUCAUAAAUUCUUGAAUAGGCCGCUUCAUUUAUUUAAAUAAAUAUCUGUUGAUUGUUUGCCAAUAGCGUGCAUGUAUUAAUGAUCAUCAUUUAUUCCCUUCCAUCAAUAUUGUUGUAACUAUCAAUUUUUUGUCUGUUCAAGCGUAAAUCUAUUGAAUUUCUCUGCAUAUUUCAAUUGCUUCUUAUUGAUCUGUAGGGUCAAUUAUGUCAUUGGAACAAGUAAUUACUCGCCUGCAUGAGGAAAUAAAACGUUAAACUCCUACUAUCAUAAUUACUUCUAUUCUAAGUAAAUUUAGUGAGUGUGCACAGUUUCGUUUUCGUCAAUGGUCUACUUAUUCAUCAUUAUGUAAUGUAGCCGUAAUCGUGGUCUCUGUUAGCUUAGUGUUAUUCUGUUUAUUUUUCCAACUACUUUUCACAUAUACUUGCAUCUUGUUUUGUUUAUUUAUCAUGGGUUUGGUUAGUUUACACUUGUGUUUAGAAGCAAUUUAGUCUUUUUUCUUACUGUUAUGUUAUAAUUGCUACUAUAUUUGUGAUUAUUUCUGCUUUCAUUUUGCUGUAAAUUUGUGUUGUUUCUUGGUUCGUGUUUUUUUUGCAUGUACUCUGUCGUUGUCGCCAUCAUCAUCUUUGUUAUUUUUAUUGUUGUUUGUAUUGUUUGCUUAGCUGUGUAAUUUUGAUGGUUUGAAAUUGUUUAACUUUUUCCCAACUUAUCAAUUAAGUCAAUCACUUUGUUUUCACUCUUUUUCAGUGCACCGCAAUCAAUCAAAUUUAUCGUUCAGUCGAGGUGUAGUCAAUAAAUCAGGCGGCGUAAAAUUUUCUUCUGUUUCUCCCACUACACAAGAAACUUAUCAUAGUUAUUCGCAAAACUCAGCUUCUGAUCUUGCUCCUAAUGAUAUAACUAAUAAUAAUAAUGCUCUAAAAUACACUGAUGAUGUUGCACAAACACCUAGUGUCCGACAGAGACAACAAACUGUUUCUUCAUAUCGUGCAACAAGUGCACAUUCAAGAACAUCAUCAGUGACCCGUGCUAAAAGCAUGUUUUCGCGGCAUCAUAUUGAUAAUGUAAACACUAAACCUAUUUCUGUCAUUUCUCAACCUUCAUUGAAAACCGAUUCUGCAACACUUCAUCACCAUAACGAAACUCCCGAUAUGUAUAAAGCAAAUGUGUUUAAUUCAGUACCUAGUCCACGAUUGUUUCGAGGAUUAAGAUCUCGUCAACAUAGUGGCUCUAAUAAAAUAAAUUAAACAAAACAUGUCCUUCAUCAUAUAGCCUGUUUGUGACUUGUUUAUCAUAUCAGCAAAUUUUUAUCGUUUUUUUAUUUUUUAUACUUUCUGAUCACUUGUGUGUAACAACUAUUAAAAGAACCUUUUCUUUUGUUUCAUCACGUGAAAGAUUUUACAUUUGAUGCUCUUUGUCACAGUUUUAUGGUUUUCUUAUUCUACGUACGAUAGUUAUCGACACUUACAAUAUUUGUAAUGGUGUAUAUAAUGUUGUUUUCUUUG